AUGGGUCCUCGUCGCGCGCCGCCGCGCGCGCUUCCGCGCUCGCUCGCGCUCCUCCUCCUCCUCCUCCUCCUCCUCGGCGUCUUCCCGCGUCCCGCGCGCGCGCUGCGGCCGAACGCGCUGCGACCGAGGCUCCGCGCGUCGCCGCGGAACGCGCGAGCGCACCUCGCGCGUCGCGUCCGCGCCCUCGACGCCAUCGCGUCGACGGAGGAGGACGCGCCUCCGCCGCGCCCGCCGCCGCCGGCGAGGUUCCUCGCGCAGCGGCUGGACCACAACGACCCCGCGGAGUCGCGGACGUGGCGGCAGCGGUACUUCCUAAACGACGCGUGGUUCCUGAACGACGCGCGGCCGAGACGGCGACGGCGUCUCGGCGAGGAGGAGGAUGGAGAUGGCGAGCAGGACGCGUCGGCGUCGGACGCGACGGAGGACGCGAAGAACACGUCGGCGACCGCCGCCGCGCGCGCCUCCCCGGCGAUCGUGUUCCUGUGCGUCGGCGGCGAAGGCCCGGCGCUGCGCGCGACCGUCGUCACGAUCGGCGACGCGCACUGCGCGCUCGCGGUCGAGACGGCGAGGCGACGGAACGCGCUCGUGGUCGCGCUCGAGCACCGCUUCUACGGCGCGUCGCAGCCCACCGGAGACUUAUCGACGGCGUCGCUCAGGAGGUACCUCUCGUCGUCGCAAGCGCUCGGGGACAUCGCGCACUUCGUGACGCGCGUGAACGAGAUGUACGGACUUUUCGGCGACGACGUGCGCUGGAUCGCGUUCGGAGGCAGCUACCCGGGCGUGCUGGCGUCGUGGUCGCGGCUCAAGGCGCGUUAG